UAUAGCGUGCGCUCCUCCCUCCAUAUUCACGCGCCGGAGUAGCUGUGCGCGCUCGCACAUGCGCGGGGACGAGUGACUUGCGACAGCUGACGCUGAAUGUCGGUUGUUGGUCCGGGGUGAUGGAUUUAGCCGGUUCGAUUCUACAAUGAGUUGUGCAAGCCUUGCUUGAAUCUGCAGCAAAAAAGAUGAUUUUAAAUGUUGGGAGCCAUGAAGUUACCAAAAGUUGCAUAUGUGUUUGUCCUUUUCGUAUGCAUAUUAAUAUAUGUGUAUCAAAAGAAACCUUUUCAAAGAACACAGAAUGGGCUCGGAUUUAUCAUGCAGGCAACUCUCGAACAACCUGUGCCCCAAGACUUCUAUGGAAUCAUGUUUGAUGCUGGCAGCACUGGGACACGCAUCCAUGUCUUCAAGUUUACCAAGUUGCCAAAUGAAUCUCCUAAACUUGCAGAUGAAACAUUCAAAGCUUUGAAGCCAGGAUUGUCCGCAUAUUCUGAUGAGCCCCAUUUGGCCACAAAAGGCAUCCAGGACCUCUUGGACAUUGCCAAAAAGUCAAUUCCUAGGAACCUUUGGGCAAGCACACCUUUAGUACUAAAAGCUACUGCUGGUUUACGUCUGUUGCCAGGAGUAAAAGCUCAGCACUUGUUAGAUAAGGUAAAGGAAGUAUUUCAACUGAGCCCUUUCCUAGUAACAAAUGAUUGUGUUAGUAUCAUGGAUGGGACUGAUGAAGGUAUCUCUGCCUGGAUUACUGUGAACUUUUUAAUAGAUAGCUUGCAAGGAGAAAAGCAUAACACAACAGGCAUGCUUGACCUUGGAGGAGGCUCGAUCCAGAUCACAUUUAUGCCUCACAGUGAGAUGACACUCCAGACCCCUCCCGUUAAUUAUAUUACCUCAAUUCAGAUGUUCAAUAGCACUUACACACUUUACUCUCACAGUUACCUAGGAUUUGGCUUGAUGUCAGCAAGACUGGCGAUUUUAGGAGGUACAGAAGGGAGACCACUUGAGGAAGGGCAAGAGCUUGUAAGUUCUUGCUUAUCACCAAACUACAAAGCAGAAUGGAAGCAUGCUGAAAUUGUUUACCACGUUAAAGGACAGAAAGCAGGAGUACCCAUCUAUGAUUCCUGUUAUGCAAGGAUAGAAAAAGUACUCUCCAAAAAACUGCACAAACCCAAAGAAGUGGGGAGGCUGUCAUUUUAUGCAUUUUCCUACUACUAUGAUAGAGCAGUCGAUGUUGGACUUAUUGAAGAAGAGAAAGGAGGCACAUUAAAGGUUGAGGAUUAUGGAAAAGCAGCCAGACGUGUAUGUCAAAGUAUGGAAUCUGAAUCAACAGAUAAACCAUUCCUUUGCAUGGAUCUUGUGUACAUAACAGUUUUGCUAGAAGAACUUGGUUUUCACAAAGAUGCAAUUUUGAAGCUUGCCAAGAAGAUCAAUGGUGUCGAAAGCAGUUGGGCACUGGGAGCCACAUUCCAUUAUAUUGAUUCUCUUCAGAGAAAUUAAUGUGAAAAAUUAUCAUGUGUUUAUAUUAGAAAACAAUUCAAUCAGAUUGAAUUUAUGGCCAUGUAUAAAACUUGUCUUAGUUGGGGAGUGAGCAAUCUUCAAAUAUGGUCUGGGCUUUUCAGAUUGUUAUACUAUUAAAAUGUAAUGUUGUGGUACAGAAAUAGUGUUUAAUGCAUCAAAAGCUUACUAAUUCAUGCAACUGGCCAACAUGUUGGAAUUGUGAGAAAAGUAACUGCCAAUAAUGGGUGAAGAGAAUGACUAAAUCAAGAACAAUCAGUGUAAGAAAUAAUGUUCAUAUAUUGAGGGAUCAAUACUUGCAAGCUGACAUAUAAUCAAAGACAGAUUUCCACAAAAUAAAAUUUUGCAACUUUUUAUGAUUC